UUUUAAUAUAUUAAUUUUAUUUUCAUAGUUAAAAAAAUUAACCAAUUCUGAGUCUUAAGUUACGGAGUGUGUUUAAAUUUCGUUGGGAACCUUGACCAUUGAUUCGUUUUUAGUUACCAACUGCUUGUAUACUUAAGAAGACAGCGAUGUUUUUUUAUUAAAAUACGAAGAAUUAGAGUCAACUGAUAAUAACAUUCCAAUCAAUAUAAUCUCUGAAAGGAUCAGCACAAAACUAAACUCAGAAAAUGGCGAUUCCUUUAGCGGGUAAAAUAAUUAUACCAAUAUUGGUACUUGCUGUAAUCGGUGGCAUGGUGGCACUUAUAGUGGUGAUUGUGAACGACCAGAAUGAUAACACGGAGACCACUGUACUACCGCCCCCUACAUCACCAUCUACGACACCCUCUACAAGUGCUACAGAAACUACUACAAGUAGUGCUACGCCGGAUACAACUACGGAAGGACCAAUCGCCAAGGAAAUUCUUUACCAAGUCGGUGUAGGCAUCGCUGAUAUGACAGGACCUUGUGUAGAGGUCAAUUUUAUGGGAUACGCGGAGAUUGGGCAGUCGGGUCGCGGUAUUCACACGCGGCAAUUCUCCCGCGCCUUCCUCUUCGUGCAGGGUGACACCAGGAUAGUGCUUGUCACUGCUGAUGUACUCGCGAUCGGCAUUGGUGUUAGACGAGAGGUGGUGAAGAAUCUCCAGGAGUUGUACGGGGACAUGUACUCGCUGAACAACGUGAUACUGACGGGUACGCACACACACAGCGCUCCUGGCGGACAUCUAGUAGAUCUGCUAUUAGACAUCACCAUCUUAGGCUUCUCCCGCGAGAGUUACAACGCGUACGUCGCUGGAAUCACCAGGAGUAUAGUGCGUGCGCAUGAGAACAUAGUGCCGGCGCGGCUGUUCUUUGGGCAGACUCGAGUACCAGGCGUGCAGAAGAACCGCUCACCUUUCUCUUACGAAAACAAUCCUGCUGAGGAGAGGGAACGUUACGAUGGGAACACAGACGCAGUAUUGACGCAAAUUCGUAUAGAGCGAGAAGAUGGCAGUGUACACGGCGCGCUUACCUGGUUCCCGCUGCACGCCACCAGUAUGAACAUGACCAACCGUCUCAUCUCCGCAGACAAUCUGGGUUAUGCGGCUGUUCGCUUGGAGAAGGAACUCAAUACUAUGUACCCUAGUCGACGGCCAAUUGUAGCCGGAUUCUUCCCCGCGAACCUCGGCGACGUUUCGCCCAAUAUUCAGGAAGCACGCUGUGAGUUCAGCGGCAAGAUAUGCGAUAACCAGUUCGUGUUAUGUGAUCGUAUGGAGCGCUGCUUUGCCGGCGGACCCGGCAAGGACAUGUAUGAGAGUACGAAGAUCAUUGGUACAACUGUGUUUGAAGCUGCUUUGGAGGUAUUGAGGAGUGGUGGUACAGAGCUAAAAGGUGAUUUAGCAGUAACGCAUCAGUUUAUCGACAUGCCGCAAGAGGUCGUGCCGAAAUACGACCCUGUUAAUAGAAGAUUUAUUACUAACGAGCCAGUGAGUGGUUGUAAGCCAGCGCUGGGAUACAGCUUCGGAUCCGGGACAACAGAUGGCGCUAAUGUGUUUAACAUAACACAGGGCACACUGACAGGCAAUCCGGAACUAGACGGACUGUUAGGAGCUAUCAUGAGUCCAACCUUGGAAGACAUCAAGUGUCAUGCGCCUAAACCCAUCUUACUUGCUACGGCAAGGGCGAAUUCCACAAUCCCGUGGCACACACAGAUAGUAUCAGCAACAGUGAUCUGGCUGGGAGGGUUUGCGGUGGCGGGUGUGCCGGGGGAACCCACCACUAUGUCUGGCAGGAGGAUUCGUGACGUAAUCGGUGACGUCAUGCGCGCCCGCGGAUACCAACCCAGGGUCGAAGUCGCCGGGCUCACUAAUGAAUAUAUACAUUAUGUCAGCACUUUUGAAGAAUAUCAGGUACAAAGGUACGAAGCCGCGUCUACGCUGUACGGACCUCACACACUCGAGAUUCUACUCAACAAGUUCGCUGAAUUAACCGCAGCUGCUAUUGAUGGCGGCGUUGUACCUCCCGGUCCAGAGCCAGAAGACCAUAGAGGGAACGCGUCCUCUCUGCUUCCGCCCGUCAUUCUGGACGCCACGCCCAUCGGCAGGAAUUUUGGUGACGUUCUGAUAUCCCCUCCUACUACCGUCAGAGUAGGAGACGUUGUUAGCGUCACUUUCGUCGCUGCCAACCCACGUAACGACAUCCGACAGGAGUCGUCUCACGCGGACGUGGAGAGAUACGAGGAAGGGGAAUGGUUCACCGUCGCUACUGACGCAGACUGGGAGACUAGGUUCCAUUGGGAGCGUGUUUCAACAAUAUUUGGCACCAGCAGAGUGCGGUACGAGUGGCACGUGCCCGCCGGCACCGCACCCGGCACUUACCGCAUCGUGUAUCGCGGCGCUUGGCGGAGUAUUGCAGGCUUCAUUACACAGUUCACAGGGGCCACCAAUACAUUCACAGUUCAAAGUUAAUUUGUAUAAAUUUAGAUUAAUUGUA